ACAGUUUUGAGGAGGGUUAUAUGACCUAGUGCAACUUUCCGCCGGCUAAUGAGGAUUGUUACUUUACACGCGAAUCUUUCCCCGGGACAGCGAGAUAUUCGUUGUGAAUGUGGCACCUGAUGGGGGACGCACGGAGAAGCCGCCGGAGAGAUGUUCCAGCGCGUUAAGGAGCGGAGCUGACUGGGGACAAGGUAAUUCGUUGAUGGCAUUUAAUCAUGUCCCUUCAUGACCUUACAUUAACCAUGUAUUAUAAAGAUAAAACUGGAGACUGAGAAGAUGCAAGAAAGGUAACACAAAUCAGUAUCAUCUUCACAGAGGUGAAGGCCAUGGAUAUUCCAAGUUCACCCCUAAACAUCCUUCCAAGAAUGGCCACUGUUCAAUUUCGUACAGAUGACUUGCCCAGACCAGCUGUGAUAGGAUUAUCAGGGAGUUGUGGAUCAUACCCAAACAGUGCUACAGCCAUCAAGGAAAUUCUUGCUUCUGUUUUACACAUCCCAACCACUACCAAAUCAACAUUAGUAGACCCUCAGGAUGACAGUGAUCUAGAGGACUGGGAAGACGGCACCAGUGGUGAACUGAAUGAUGACUCUGACAGUGAUUCUGACUGUGAUCAAAUUAAUUCCACUUUACAAAAAGACAUGCGGUUAAAAAGGUCCAGUGUGUCAUGGGUCAACCUGGAGACAGAGUGCACUGAAGCUGGGCCAAGUGAUCUAAUCACUGCACCAUCAACUGCUGCUAAUGCACUUCCCUUUCUGAAACCUGAUCUUUGUACAGAAGGUCAAAACAUCUCUGAUAUAACUUCACAAGUGAACUUUUCUGGAACAGGUCUGCAAAGGGAGGCACGAAGAUUUUCCUCACCAAAUAUUGCAAGCCUCUGUUUUGAUCAAAGCAUGAUUAAUUGUACAACUGCCAUACCAGAUUUGCCUCUUAGCACUGCUGAUCUGCAUAGUAAAGAUAUUAAACUGGUACGACGGAGAUCGCAGUCCUUUUCCAGUAUUCUUAAAGCUCUAGAUACGUCAUUGACGGGAAGCACAGAAAUACUGCACCAGUCAACAGAAAAUACAUUUGAACCUACAGUGAAUCUCGAAAAUGAAAAUGCUCAUUUAUUGGUAGCUGACCUAUUUAUAUCAGUUGUUGAGAAUCUGAAAAGCAGACUGCAAAGUAUGCAUUAUGAACAGGUGAUUGCAGAAAGAAGACCAUCGUGUUCACGCUCGUGUAAAAACCAUCCCAUGAACCUUUUCACCCCCAGACAGAAAAUACCUUCGGAAUCUGCAGCUUCUGUUGACAGUGGAUAUGAGGGUUUAGUUGCAAUGCAGCACAAUUUUCCUGCAGAUUCCUUUACGGAGCAUAGCUCUAAGCUGUAUUCUGAAUGGCCAAGCUUUACAGAUGCCACAGUAGAAGAACUUGAACACCCUGCUGUAUGGCACAAUUCACCUAUGGAUUACAUUUCAGAACCUGACUCUAAACAUAGAGCUUUAUGGCAGAACCCUCCUCAGGAUAUGAGCACAGCGCACGAUUCAAAAGAUACUGUAUCUCCUUCGAGUGACCAUGUAGAAAAGGCCGCAAAAUAUUACGCAGAAUGGCAGAAAUCAACAAACAAUACUGCAAAUUACAAUUCCAAGUGUUGCUGGGUUUGUGAAGGCUGUAAUGAAUACAAUGAGUUUGUCAUUAUUGAAAUGAUAGAUGACAAGAAGGAGGCUGCUAUGGAAUCAAGCGCCGAAAUGGAGAGGGACAUUCCGGCUCCAGGCUCCAACUCUGCAGAACAAACACUGAAAAAGCUGUACAGGGCUUUCCGUCAGCAGUGGCUUCAGUAUGAAGCAGAAAUGGCACUGGUUGGCCCUCCGGCCCCAAACACAGAGAAGAAUAAUGACUUUCUGCCAGAAGAGUUAGAGUCGAGUUUGACUUUGGCAGAGGAGAUAAAAAAGUUCAGAAUGAGGGAAGCAGAAGAAUGGGCCCCACCUCGCUUUCAGAUAAUAAAUACCAUCAAUCCUUCUCCUAAGAGAGAUGUAAUUGUAGCAUCCCAAAAUUACAUGUGUGCUGGCUGUGGAACAAAAGUAGAGCCAAGGUACACUAACAGGCUGCGGUAUUGUGAGUACUUGGGAAAAUAUUUCUGCGACUGCUGUCAUAGCAACGCUUUCAGUUCUAUACCCAGCCGGAUUCUAUUGAAAUUCAACUUCGGCAAAUACCACGUCAGCAACUUCUCUAAAAAUGUUGUGGAUAGUAUAUGGCAGAGCCACAAGUUCAACGUUCUUAGUGAGAACCCUGAAAUCUACAAGAAAGUCAAAGAUCUAAGCAGAAUCAAAGAACUGCAGGAAAGACUGAUUCCCAUGAAGAGGCUUCUGUGUACCUGUAGAUUUGCCAGCAGUGUUUUAAAGGAAUUUAAAGACCACCCCCAUCACCUGACUGAAGAGCUUGACCUGUUCACAUUAAGUGACCUGUUUAAUGUUAAACAGAAGUUGCUCAUGCCUGCCCUUCAGAAGCUUAUGGCCACUGCAGUCGCUCAUGUGGCUAAUUGCGAGCUGUGCCAGGCCAAGGGUUUUAUAUGUGAGUUUUGUCAUGGCUCCGAUGUCAUUUUUCCCUUCCAGACAGAAAUGUGUAGAAGAUGUGAGGUUUGCAAAACCUGCUAUCACAAGAAAUGCUUCAGCACCCGGGAUUGCCCUAAGUGCCACAGAAUCGAAAGGAGAAAAGCACUGAAGAGAAGUUCAUCGCCAAGUCUACACCACUGCGAUGAUGCAUUCCUGCACUGAUUUUUAUAUCACAAUCUGUAUAUUAUGCACAGAAGCUUAUUUAAGAAAUUUACAGAAUUUUUGUGAGCUCCUUUUAUUGUCUAGAAGUUUUAGGGUUUUUAUAUUUUAUUGAUAUUUUAAGUCUUAUUAUAUAUGGUGUAUAUUGAGUAUUUUUAGGAAUGACCACUAGCUUAUACCUCUGCCCCCACCAGCCCCGCUAGAUCUGCCUGAUUCUACUGAAUAAUAUACUAUUAGGGUAAGAACUUCAUUAUAGGGGUUUUACCAGGGACAUCAGCACCUGUUUCUUUCCAGUAAACGUGAAAAUCAAAUUGCAAUAUGAGGCCAUUAAACAUUCAUCAGGUGGCCAUUAGGGCACCAUUUCAAGUGACAACUAUUCAUAAUCCAAACCUGAAUUAACUGAACACCCUUUGGUUUCCUUUGCUUUAGGUGCCCCACUAAUAGAGCUUAACUUCUUGGGAUCUGAUCCAAACAAUAAUAGUCAUUCAUUUAUCUGUCCCCUUCUGUGUCCCACACUGCCCAGACAUGACACUGACUUGGCUAAAGGAAGGCACUUCCAUGUAACACAUCUGAGCGAGCACACAUGCAGCAAUAAUUCUCUAAUGGAAGCUCACAGCAGCCAAGGCAUAGCAUAGGAAUAGGUGAGGAUUAUUAUACCAGUCUAGGUAAAAAAUUUUUUAAAAUAAUCUGUUUAUUUUUUGCACAUUUGCAUUUCUUUUAAUUUAUAUAGUAACUGACAUUUCUUUGUCUUGUGCCAAAACACUGUGACGCCACCUGCUUUUUUUUUUUUACAAGCCAUUGGGAACAUUCUGACUUUUCCAGUAGUUGUUUGUAUUGGGGUGUACAAAACAAGUUCUUUUUUUAACAUAUUUCAUACUUUUGCAACUUUGCACAAAAUAAAGAAUGCAAAGAACGGA